AUGUCUGCUAAACGGAAGCGAAGGCCCUACAGCAAAUCGCGCUUCGGCUGCCGAAACUGCAAGCUCCGGAGGGUGAAGUGUGACGAGGCCAGGCCCCAGUGUCAGAGAUGCAAGGAUUACGGCGUAUUGUGCAAUUUUGUGGCAGGGGCUUCAGACCUCCAGAAUUUGGCAACAGGACUCCAAUGCCGGAGAUCUGAAACGGCGAAUCGGCUGAGCUUAAAAAGCCCCCUUCCUCCGCCGUUAAGCCUGCCCGUUGUCUGUUCCGAUGGUGUUGCUAGCUUCGAGAUGCACGCGCAAUGCAUGGCUAGGUUGGAGCGAUUUCGGAUGCGUACCCUCCACUCAUUCAGCACCGAAAUGAUGAAGAUCUGGCAGCAUCAAAUCCCGUAUAUUGCCUUCAGGAAUCCGUAUUUGAUGCAUACCAUGCUUGCGGUAUCAGCGGCGCACGAGCGCUACCAACAUAUGCCCACAAGCACCCACCGGACGAGAACCGAGACACACCACUCUUUUCAUGGCGUUCUUCUUUUCAAUCAGAAGCUUUCCCAACCCAUCGACUUGUCAGAUCGAGACCCUCUGUGGGCCACAGCAGCACUGCUAGGCAUAAUGACUAUUGCUUCCUUUGACGCAGCUACCCCACAAGAAGCCUGGCCACUUCGACCAUCGAAUCCGUCGGAUCUAGAGUGGUUUCGGUUGAGCGACGCGAAAUGGACCAUAUGGAAUCUGACCAAUCCCUUGCGGCCUGGGGGUAUUUUCCGGGCCAUGGCCCACGAGUAUGCUCAGAUGCAUUUCGAAUUGCCUCCUGUCGGCGCGGAAAGUAUUCCCCCGGCCCUGGCCGAGGUAUGCAACAUGAGCGCUUCAAGCAACGAAGAGAACAACCCAUACUUCGUAGCAGCUCAUGUUCUCGCUCGGCUACAGAGGCUCUCAGACAGCGGGUCCGCAGACAUUCGAAUGGUGAUCUUCAUGUGUCAAACACAGCCGACGUUCCAGAAUCUAUUACGAGAGAAGGACCCUGUGGCUCUUUUAUUGCUGUCGCUAUGGUAUGUGCGGACUGGUAGCGUGUUGUGGUGGAUUGAGAAACGUUCUCGCAUGGAGAACCAAGCCAUCCGUCUGUACCUCGAGCGAUUCCACCGCGGCAACGGCAGUAUUCAUCAAUUGCUACCUUCGUUACCAGAGCACGUCACGUGA